CAAUUUUGACAGCAAUGGCCGAAAUACUUGUGCUGGUCCGUUACUUCGCUUGAUUUUUUCCAUUCAUAAUACACGAUUUGUUUACUGAAACCAUGACGACAUCCCUCGGUAAGAAGCACAUGCAGCAGCUGUCCAGGUGGAUUGGCGGGAGGAAAGGUUACACACUUCUGUUUAAGGCUAGCAGAGAUGGGUGUGUCUCCCAGACAUUCCACGCCAAGUGCGAUAACCAGGGUCCAACAGUUACAGUGUGCUACAACACAGACCGGUGUGUGUUUGGUGGAUACAACCCUCUUAGCUGGAACUCUUCAGGAGCUUGGACAACUGACAACAAAGCAUUCCUCUUCAAACUGAAGUUCAAGGGAAAUGAUGCACCGAGACAAUACCCAAUACAACCAAAUAAUGCAAAUGGAAUGUACAACCAUACAACCUAUGGGCCAACAUUUGGUUCAAGUCAUGAUCUGUGUGUCUUCACUAAUACCAUUAAUAGAACUGGAAAUUAUUUUCAAGGAAAUAAUAAUACAAACUUUGGGACUAGUUACAACAUGGGUGGUGACACAGUUGCACAGAUUACCAACAAUAACAUACAGUUCCUAGACAUAGAAGUAUACCAAGUGACAAGUAUGUUUAACCCAUCCCUGUCAAUAACACCAGACAGUCAUGGGUAUAACAAGAGUCCAACGGUGGGCGACAAAAUCCACUGCAUCGCCUUUGUGAUGGACAGCUGUACCCUGGACGUGUUUCCAGACAAACACUGCAGUAAUGACCAGACAUCAAUAUAUCACACUGACUGCACGGUUAUUUGUACAGUAAUGACCAGACAUCAAUAUAUCACACUAACGGCAGGUUAUUUGUACAGUAAUGACCAGACAUCGAUAUAUCACACUGACUGCAGGUUAUUUGUCUCGACAGGUAUUCCUCAGGUGGUUCUUCUCACGAAGGUGGACAAACUUUGUCCCGAGGUGAGCGAAGACGCUGCCAAGAUAUUUUUCAGUGAUGCUGUCGGUGAAGCGGUUGAAUCAGUUUCUGGUCUCGUGGCACUCCCUCGUUGUCAUGUGUUUCCGGUACAGAAUUACGAAAAGGAAAUAGAGUUGAAUGAUAAAAUCGAUCUUCCUUGUUUGAUUGGAAUCAAACAGAUGUUGUGUUUCGCUGACGACUAUUUGGAGGACUACUUUGAAACACAUUGAUAGAAUGUAAAGAUUGACUGACAUCAACAGACGUGUUUUACUGAUGACUACUUUGAUACAUUAAGGUGCAAUGUCUAUUCAAACAGGUGUCUGCAAUGUAUGUAGGUGUUUGUAUUUACUGUAGGUGUCUGCCUUAUUUGUAUGUAGAGAUAUUUGCAAUGUCUGUGUUUACAAUAUCUUGAGGUGUUUGUUAUUGUAGGUUUGUGAAUUAGAUGCUAAAGUCUUCUAUAGAUGCUUACGUUUGGGUAGCUUUUGCAUUUUCUGUACAUGCCAGCAUGUUUCACAUGACAUGAACACAUGGUUACUGUUAUUAGAUGUGUCUAUUUAUAGCAUUUUAAAACAGUUGGAGAGAAGUUUGAACUGGAGAGUGGGGCUUAAUUAUAAAUGAUUAACAUUAACAAUAGAAUUUUGUGAGUUAGUGAUUAGGUGUUUUAAAUUUAAUUGUUGUUGCUGUGAGUUGUCUAGUAGUCUAGAUUUUAAUUUUUGCAACAUCACUGGUUGAUUUGCAUGUAUUUGUAUCAGACUUAAGUUUAGGCAAUAUAGUGUGCUAUUAUUUUAAUUGUUAGUAUAGGCAAUAUAGUGUGUUAUUAUUCUAAUUGUUAGUAUAGGCAAUAUAGUGUGUUAUUAUUCUAAUUGUUAGUGUAGGCAAUAUAGUGUGUUAUUAUUUUAAUUGUUAGUGUAUAGGCAAUAUAGUGUAUUAUUAUUUUAAUUGUUAGUGUAGGCAAUAAAGUGUAUUAUUAUUUUAAUUGUUAGUGUAGGUAAUAUAGUGUAUUAUUAUUUUAAUUGUUAGUGUAGGUAAUAAAGUGUAUUAUUAUUUUAAUUGUUAGUGUAGGCAAUAUAGUGUAUUAUUAUUCUCAUUGUAGUGAUAGUGCUCUAGUAUUUUAAUUGCUUUAACACAAUUCUGAAUCUGUCGCAGUUGCAUUGACUUACUGGACUUGUGUUGUGUUGAAUCCAUUAACACCAAUGUUACAUCCAUCAGUUAGUGUUCAUAAUGUCAAAGAUUUAACAUCUUCAAUUAAACGCUUUUAGAUUCUGUUUGUGUAUUUCUUUUCUAUACAAUGUUAAUAAUUUUAUGGAAAAAUAAACUGAAUAUUCAUUUAA